AUGACUGAAACUUUGAAGUUAAGAGGCACUCUUUGUGGCCACAAUGGCUGGGUUACGCAAAUUGCCACUAAUCCUAAAUAUCCUGACAUGAUUUUGUCAUCAUCCCGUGACAAAACUCUAAUCGUUUGGAAAUUGACGAGAGACGAAACUAACUACGGUUUACCCCAAAAGCGUCUUUACGGUCAUUCUCAUUUCAUCUCCGACGUAGUUUUGUCUAGUGAUGGAAACUACGCCCUCUCUGGUUCUUGGGAUAAAACUCUGCGUUUGUGGGAUCUAGCUGCAGGCAAAACUACUAGACGUUUCGAAGACCAUACUAAGGAUGUGCUGUCAGUUGCUUUCUCAGUGGACAACCGUCAAAUUGUAUCUGGAUCUCGGGACAAGACUAUUAAGUUGUGGAACACUUUAGCUGAGUGCAAAUACACAAUUCAAGAUGAUGGCCACAGUGACUGGGUCUCAUGUGUCAGAUUCUCACCUAACCACGCAAACCCAAUCAUUGUAUCUGCUGGGUGGGAUCGUACUGUUAAGGUAUGGCACUUGACUAACUGCAAGUUGAAGAUCAACCAUCUUGGACACUCUGGUUACUUGAACACAGUGACUGUUUCACCUGAUGGCUCUUUGUGUGCAUCUGGAGGCAAGGACAUGAAGGCCAUGCUUUGGGACCUUAAUGAUGGCAAGCACCUCCACACCUUGGACCACAAUGACAUCAUCACUGCAUUAUGUUUCUCACCAAACAGAUAUUGGCUCUGUGCUGCCUUUGGACCAUCCAUCAAAAUAUGGGACUUGGAAAGCAAGGAGAUGGUUGAAGAACUCAAACCAGAAGUCAUCAAUGAAACUCGCUCUAAAGCUGACCCACCCCAAUGUCUCUCACUUGCCUGGUCAACAGAUGGACAGACUCUAUUUGCUGGAUACACUGAUAAUAUCAUCAGAGUCUGGCAGGUUUCGGUCUCUGCUCGAUGA